CGCUUUGAAAGAAAGACAGCAGGCACAGAAUAUUCAUAUAUAUAUAUAUAUAUAUAUACACACACGAGGCCGCGGUCUUGACCGUUCGGCACUCAUUCCUCGUGGUCCUCGCGGGGUUGACACGUCUUUCUCUCUCUCUCUCUCGCCAUGGCGUCGAAUGCUCAACCCUCAGGUAAUGGCCCACCUCCAAAACCUUGGGAACAAGCUGGGACCUCGUCUGGUCCUACGCCUUUUAAACCCCCCUCUCCAGGUAGCACAAGUAAUGUGGUUGAGGCUUCUGGAACUGCAAACCCUGGUGAAAUUGUUUCUACGACUGAUAGGAAUACAACUGUGAGUAGAAGUGCACUCGGGAGGCCUUUACCCACUAGGCCAUGGGAACAGCAGAUGUACAACAGCACUUAUGGAGGUUAUGGCUCUGGUUUGGAUUCUAAUUCGGGGUAUGGAUCUGGAAUGUAUGGUUCGUAUGGUGGACUAGGAGGGUCUUAUGGUGGGGGAUUGUACGGAAACAGUAUGCAUCGAGGAGGAUAUAGUGGGCCCUAUGGGGGUUCUGGCUUGUAUGGAGGGGGGGGAAUGUUCAAUGGUGGUUUUGGAGGCCCAAUGGGUGGCUACGGAAUGGGCAUGGGGGGUCCAUAUGGCAAUAAUGAUCCAAAUAAUCCAUUUGAUCCUCCACCAUCUCCACCAGGGUUUUGGAUUUCGUUCCUCCGGGUGAUGGAAGGUGUUGUAACAUUCUUUGGUAGGAUUGCUGUACUUAUAGACCAGAAUACACAGGCAUUUCACAUGUUCAUUACUGCACUACUCCAGCUGUUAGAUCGAUCAGGAUUACUAUAUGGAGAGCUUGCUAGAUUUGUAUUCAGAUUGCUGGGAAUUAGAACAAAGCCCAAAGCGGGUCACCCACCUGGAUCUCGCAAUCUCCAAGGGGCCGAAAACUCCAUUGAAGGACCUAAGGCUGCUCCAACUGGUGCAUGGGAUGGUGUAUGGAGAGAUGGUAUUUAGUAAUUAGGAUGGUUCAUCUUGCCAUUUUGUCCCCAGUGCAGGAGCCCAUUGAAAUAAGCGAAAAUAUGUGAAUAUUGGGUCAGUGUUGCCAUGGUCUUGUAGAUUGGAGCCAUAUAUUAAUAAUUAUAAUGGUGCUCGCAGCAAAAUAGAAACUUUUCUUCUC